AUUUUGCCAUAAGGGAGAAGUUGCAUUCCAAAUGUCAAGCCAUAGCAUCAUGCAGCAGAAGCACGGGGAUGUUUCAUGCCGUGGACCCGGGGGCCCGAUUGCGAAGCUUGAUAGGCGUCUGACGAGUUCUCGAGCGCACUUCAAAGGCAUCGGUGUUGCGGCAAGCCUGCACAGUCAUCUGGGGUACCAAUCAAGAAGAUUAUCAUCACGACCGCUGGCUGUCUUCUCUUCUCAGCAUGCCAGGCAUCCAAAUUCACUCGCGCGAUAGCUCAGCAGCUAGCUUCGCGCCGUUGUUGGACCGCUCGGCGGUUGACUCGUCGCCCGAACGAGGCACACCAUCUUCGUUGCCCUCACCUAUUUCGGAGAAGCCUUUGAUCAUCAACGCGCCAGCUCGUCAGGAGAGUCUGUUGGGCUUGGCCCUUCAUGGCGCGGCUCUCAUUGCGAUCUAUAGUACCUAUGGUGUCUUGCAGGAGAAGGUCAUGAAGUCAGAAUAUGGCCCAGACAAAGAAAGAUUCACUGCAUCAUCAGUACUGGUGCUCUGCAAUCGCUUGUUGAGCUGUCUCGUCGGUCUCACCAUCACACUCUGGCCGACUGGCUCAAGUCAGCACGUGUACGCCCCUAACGAGUCCGUCUGGGACAAGAUAAAGCCAACGAGCCCCAUACAUGCCUAUCUCGCCGUCGCGCUUUGCAAUUUCGCUGCCACAUUCUGUCAAUAUGAUGCUUUGCGGCAUGUUGGCUUCACGACCCAAUCGAUAGCCAAGUGCACAAAGAUGGUUCCAGUCUUGCUUGUGGGCGCACUUGUCUAUCGCAAGACCUAUAAGACCCGAGAAUGGAUCGCCGGCGCCGUCGUGCUGGCGGGUUCUGUCGCCUACGCUGUCUCGUCGCCCGGCAAAGCGGGUCAUGCAAAGGCGCACGGCGAUGGCAAUACGAUCCUCGGCGGCUUGCUUCUCUUGGGCUAUCUGUUCUUCGACGCUCUGACAUCCACAACGCAAGAGACCGUCUUCGGCAAGACCCCGGCUGCGGCCAAAGCUAAUCCUUUUGCAAAGGGCGGCCCGGUAUUGACGCAGAUGGUCUGGGUGAACGCCUGGGCAGCCUUGAUCGCGCUGCUCGUCUGUCUGGGCGCCCUGUCGACGACGGUGGGACACUCCAUCUGGCUGAUGAUGCGGACACCAGCCCUGAUGAUCGACAUCGCGCUACUAUCAGCCACAGCAACGACCGGCUUGCUUGUCCUUUUCAAUACCAUCGCAGUCUAUGGCGCUCUGACCAGUGCGAUGCUGAUGACUUGUCGGCAGUUUUUCUCGAUCCUGCUCAAUGCUUUUCUCUUCAGCACGUUUACGCAAGUGGGUCUGCUUGGAUGGGCUGGCGUCGGCCUUGUUGCUAGCGGCGUUUGGAUCAAGCUUGAUAAGCGGUUUGACGAUGACGGAAGCGUCCCGCCGGAAUUUGGCACCAUGAGGGCCCGCAGAAGCAAGCCGAGUCUGCUCAAACAGUACGCAGCGCCGCUGUGUGUGCCACUGUUAUUUGGCUUUAUCGCCUCGAUCAGCACGUCGCACAUUUCCGCCGGUCGGCUUGGUACACAAGAUGUCAGUCUGUCUGGCGGCGCAUGGGAAUCGCAGUUCUAUUCAGCUAUGAAACCCACGAACUGCGAGGCGCUCGAGCGCCCUGCGGUCAGACAUCCGGAUCUCGCUAACUUGCCCAAAACUGUCUUCGCCAGUUUUCCUCGGAGCGGAAACUCGUGGACACGGUCGCUUGUCGAAAGAACAACAGGCUUCACGACAAGCGCUCUUUACUGCGACCGCAUGCUGGCAACGGCAUUUACAGACGAGUGCUCAGGGCGUAACAAUUCCUUUUUCGUCAAGUCGCACGAGCCGCUUUUCAUACAUGGCCACGGCAGACAAUACGAUAAUCUCACUGCGGCUGCGGAACACUGGAAGUAUUACGACCGUGCUGUUCGUGUUGUCCGUAACCCGCUGGACUCCAUUCACUCUCUCUGGCAUUUCACCAACACCCCGUUCACUCCAGAGAAACACACAAGCCGAAAAGCAGAGUUCACAACCUUUAACAUGCGCGAGCACUGGCGCUCAUUAGCAUUUCUCGCCAACCAAUACAAGAUGCACUCAGCAUAUUGGACGUUAGCCCCCAUCCCUCAACUUCUGAUGCGAUACGAAGAUUUGCACGAUAGUCCACUGACGACCACCAGCUCGCUCGUCAACUUCUUGCUUCCGGACGGUCAGCGACCGUCGCUGGAGACGAUCGCCUGCGCGCUCGAACAGACGCCUUCCAAGCAUGAGGCAUACAAGAGUCGAAAGUCGGGCAACUUUGCCACUUGGGACAUCUACGAGCCAGACGUGCGCGAACGGCUUUUGCAAUUACUUGCACCACAGUGGUGCCAGUACGGCUACAACGUGCUCUUCAUGCAAGAGCGAGGCUACAAGCCAGUCGACUGCAGUGCCAUACAGCGGCCAUUGCCUGCAGAUGUCGAACGCGAGCAGUACUACGCAGUCCCAUCUGCCGCUCUCUGAAUGCUUUGUACACCGGGAUUUUGGGAAUGCAUGUUGUGACUUCCAGAGAGUCUGCAUCAUCGCGAUGCGUAGCUCGGCAAAGAGGCUGUUGUCAACGCGAACGCGUCAUCACGCGACUUGUUGCUUGUUGUCUCGAC